AUGCCCCCGUACCCAAUGCCACGUGGGUGUCCCUGGUGCCCGCUGCUGCUGCUGGGGGGAUAUAAGUGCCAGGUAAAGAUUGGUGUGGCCCAAGAGCUGAAGCACAGCGGGAGGAGGAAUUCAUCGCUUAAGCAAGCAGUCUGGUGCCUGGUGUUGGCGAGCCGCGAGGGGAGACGAUGGAAGACCUGCACGGAGAGGUUCAACACCCGGCACCUGCAGGCCUCGUCAGGGCUGCCCCAGCACCACCACAACCAGGAACACGUCGUCCACGUCCUCCGCGACGUGUUCCGAGUCCACCUGUACCCUGGCGUCGACGGCUCCGAGGCCGCAAUACACAAUGUGCUGGGCCUCCUGCAGAUCAACCAGGUACCAACCAAGACGGCGUACGCGGAGGUCCAGGCGCUCUACCCGAUGGCCUCCCUGGCCAGCCAGUCCUGCAUGCCCAACACAAAACCGGUUUUCAGGGAUGGACAGCUGACACUCAAAGCAUCUGAUCCCAUCAGACGCGGGGAGCCCAUCACAGCUAUCUACACAGACAUCCUGUGGGGAACGCGAGCCAGACGGGACCACCUUCGUCAGACUAGGCUUCUCUCCUGCAGCUGUCAGCGCUGUGCCGACCCAACAGAACUGGACACCUACUUCUCGGCCCUCGUCUGUCGUCGCUGUGGCAAGCUCGUCCUGCCUCCCAGUCCUCUCGAUGACCUCGCCCCCUGGAGCUGCCUCGAGUGUUCCCUUCAGGUUAGUGUGGAAGAGGUGCUGGGAACGAACCUGGCGCUGGGGGCGGCAGUGGAGGUGGCGCUGGCCGGCCCCACCAUCGCCACGCUGGAGGCGCUGCAGGAGGAGUGGUUGACGAGGGUCCACACCAACCACUACCAUCUUCACGCCGUCAAGCACUCCCUUCUCCAGCUCUACGGCAGGUCCAAGGAGAGGGCUACGGAGAAGGAGAAGGACGCGGCCCACUGGCUGGAGAUCGCCAAGAAGGAGAAGGCGUGCAAAGAGUUCCUGACGGUGUGCUCGCGCCUCGACCCCUCGACGGCCCAGACCAUCCCCUUCGUCGGCCUCACCUUCUACGAGUACCACAAGACCAUCCUUCAGAACGCCCAGCGCUACUUCGGCCAGAACAAACUGACGACGCAGCAGCUCAAGAAGAGGAUGCUGCUGUCCAAGGCGCUCCUGAAGAAGGCGAUGGAGAUCUUCAGGCACGAGGCCGAGGACACGCCCGAGGGGCAGCUGUACCUCACUUGCGAGCAGGAGGUUAUCCGGAUUGGCAAGUGGAUGCUGGCGGUGGGGCUGGUGUGAGGUGUGUGUGUGUGUGUGUGUGUGUGUGUGUGUGUGUGUGUGUGUGUGUGUGUGUGUGUGUGUGUGUGUGUGUGUGUGUGUGUGUGUGUGUGUGUGUUUGCGCGCUCUCAUCUAUUUAUGCAUUUGUGUGUCCAGAUUCAAGCUCUAGCUCCUGGACGCCGCUUUUCUCGCCGCCUGUUGACUGAAAAUACAAUGACUCCUGACCUAUUUCCCUAUCAUAUCAAACUUCUAGAGUUAUGAAUGGAGUUUGCCUCUACAACCUUCUCCUUUAGUUCUUUCCAUUUCCUAACUUCUAAAAUUUCCUAACAUCUCUGUGGCUCAUCUGAGUCUCAAGUUUCCGUCCAUGACCCCCUUGUUUUGUUGGUAUUUAUUGUGGACAUUUCCUCCUUUUCCACUUUGUCAAUCCCCCACUAAGUAUUUAGUAUGUCUCUCCUCUUUCUCUUCCUUUCUAGCGUCAUCAAGUUUAGUUUUAGAGAGAGAGAAAGAGAGAGAGAGAGAGAGAGAGAGAGAGAGAGAGAGAGAGAGAGAGAGAGAGAGAGAGAGAGAGAGAGAGAGAGAGAGAGAGAGAGAGAGAGAGAGAGAGAGAGAGAGAGAGAGAUAUUAGAUGCAUGAGAAAUAACCUAGAUGAUAAAUAAGAUGGAUCUGCACAACAGUUGCAGAAUAGCCGGGACAUUGUCACGGCCAAAGUCGAGUUUCUUUUAUUUUUUAACCCAGGACAGAGUAAAGGUAACCCAGGACAAAGUUUUCAACCCAAAGGACAAGUAACCCCCGGUUACUUGUCCUCGUAUAUCGCCGUAGUCUUCACAGUAUAGCUCAAUGUUCCUUGUCAAAGAAAGUAAACAAGAAUUUUCAAAUAAAAAUGUUAAGUAAAAAAAAA